AAUGCUGAUGCAGACCAGGAGCCUGAAGUUUCUCGCCCUUGCAACCCAGUGUCUUUCAUCCCUGACUUCCAGCACAGGAUAGCGACAGAUGGAGGAAUUCAACUGAUUUUGACGAACAGGUGCAGUGAACCUGUGAGCCGACCACACUCCUGGCAUUCAACCACAUCUGGAGACGACCGGACUGAUGCCAGCAUGAUGCAAAUAUCUCAGGGCACAAUUGGAACUCCUUGGCACCAAAAUUAUCAUUCCAGCUCCUCUACAAGUGAUGUCUCUAACUAUAGCCAUGCUUAUCCGAGAAGGAGCCCCGAUCAGUACAGCUCCCAGGGAAGCAUGGAGAGUCUGGACCACAGUGGGAGCUACCCUCCAUGCCACCUCCUCUCCCCUGCCAAGUCCACCAGUAGCAUUGAUCAGCUUACCCACCUCCACAACAAGAGAGACUCUGCUUAUAGUUCCUUCUCCACCAGUUCUAGCAUCCUCGAGUAUCCCACCACCAGCAUCUCUGCCCAGGCGUGUUCUGACACAGUGGCCACAACACCCGCCCAGCGCAGCACGUUGGAAGGAAUGAGACAGGCUGACAUCCGCUAUGUCAAGACAGUCUAUGAUACCAAGCGAGGCAUCUCCGCAGAGUACGAGGUGAACUCUUCAGCACUGCUUGUCCCCAGUGGAGAAUCCCAGGGAUCAGUGGAUGGUCAGGAGUAUGAAAGGUGGCAUGGUCAUCCCAGAGGUGGUAGGAUGCCACUGCUACCUUGGAACCAACAAUACUGCAGUUCCCAUGAGACAAACUCUAACAACCUACCCCACGAAGUGGGUGUUCCCUUGCCCCCAACUCGGAAUGGCAGCUUUGGAGUUCUUAGGCAUUAUGAGAGGCCCAGCUCCUGGUCUAGCCUUGAGCACAACAGGUACGGCCGGUCCCAAUCAAGCUUCCCCGGAUCCCUAAAGACUUCAUUUCCAGAAGAACAUUUACACACUCUCCUGGAAAAGAGUCCAGAGAAUAGUCCUCCAGUGAAGCCCAAGCAAAACUAUACCCAAGCGACCCAACCAGGCCAGCCACUGCUGCCUACCAGCGUCUACCCUGUACCUUCACCUGAACCACACUUUGCCCAGAUGCCUCAGCCUUCUAGGAGCAGUAAUGGGAUGUUAUGCCCAGCACUCACCAAGGAACGUGGCUAUACUGCUCCCCUGAGCACUUGUGAGAAGAAAGCAGCUCUUGAGAAUGGCAAUCAAAAUGGCCCCAGUAAAUCUGCCGCUAUCUUUUACCAGGCACCAGAGUAUACCUCACCCUCCCUGGUGGAGAAGCCAGAAACCACAGGCAAGUUUUCCCCAUAUAAGCCACAUUUUCCAUCAGAGCCUGAGAAUCUCAGGGGCACCUCCCUGCAGAAAGAUGAGCCAAGGAUUUCAGAAGGUAACAAUACUCUCCCCAAUGGGAGAGAAAGCCUACAUGACAGGGUGCAGCACUGCAACCAUCACAUCCCGCAGGUCCUGCAGGAAGUCAAUGAAGGCAAGCCACUUUUCAGAUCUUCUGAGCCCAGGAGGGCCGAAUUCCAGGAGUCUCAAAACGGCCACCUCCAACCAAGACCAGAAAGAGAAGGCCUCGCCGAGGACUCAUGGAGCACUUCUGACCAAGCAAGUUCAAAUAUUUCAUCUCUACAGACUAUUUCCAAAAGCACCAGAAGGCGAGAUAGUCUAGAGAUACAAAUGGAACCCCAGGAGGGAAACCCUGACAGUCGACCCGCCUGUCGGAUCAACAUGAGCAAAAUGGAACACGAGCCCAGAAAGUCGGUUCUGGAACGAUGGGACCAUUCAGACUGGCAGGCUUCCCAUGUGAGGUCUGAGGGAGGACCUAAAGGGCCACCCCGUUUCCAUAAUCCUGAACCAAGGCAUGAGGCCCCCGGGCAGGCGUCCAACCCAAGCCGGAGGCGACGUAGUUCAGGCAAUGCCGUCCCGACCUCUCAUUAUGGGAAACCCCACUGCUCUGUGUUGGAGAAGGUCAGUAAGUUUGAGCAACGUGAACAAGAGACUCGGAGACCCUCAAGCGUGAGCAGCUACAUCUACAGGACCAACAAGCUGGAACAGACACCCAGCAACAGAAGCUCCACGAUCAGCCUUGAAGACCCCCAUGGUGAAAUAAGUCCAUCCUUUGGUUCUCUGAGUAUCAGAGGGAGCCUGGUCAAAGAGGGUAAGAAGAAACCUGAAGGGGUUUCCUGGCAUCCAGCUGAGCAUCAGCUGAGGAGGGUUGGAAAUGGUGGAUAUGGACCCACACACCCAGACCCCAAGCCACUCAGAAACGCUUUUGUCCUCCAACGUAGCCAGAGCACCUUCCAGCUUUCCAACAAUGUAGAGGAGGAAACCCUGUGGAGAGAAGGUAGAUCUAGUAGUCCUGAGUCACCACUUCUGGAGGUCCCCUUAAACCAGGCUUAUCGGAACAGUAUCAAGGAUGCUCAGUCCCGCGUGCUGGGAGCCACUUCAUUCCGACGCCGGGAUCUUGACCUGGGUCCCCAUGGAGCAUCCCAGGCAAGGCAGAGGCCAGCCUCUGCCCACUUGGGGCCAAGGAGCCCAGAAAUAACAGCAAUGCCUGCUUCACCUCAUAUCCCCAAGGAACGACAUAGCAUCACUCCAGCCGAGGGGAGCCCACCCAGGGAAGACUCCAUGCCCCUGGUGGCCCGCAUUGGAGGCCGGAAGAGACUGACAGCUGAACAAAAGAAGCGUUCCUAUUCAGAGCCUGAGAAGAUGAAUGAAGUAGGGGUAUCCGGGGCAGGAGAGUCGCCUGCUUGCUAUCCCCAUAGGAAGGACCUGCCUUUUGGCUUCCCAGAGAACACGGUGGCAGACAGGCGCCGCAUCUUUGAGAGGGAAGGGAAAGCUUGCUCCACACUCAACCUCUCCAGGCCUGAGCUGAAGCAGCUGCAGCAGACUGCCCUGGCUGACUAUAUUCAACGCAAAACCGGGAAGAGGCCAUCCCCUUCGGCCAGUCACAGACGGGAGAGCCGCAGCCUAGCUGCGGCCCCAAGCAUGAAUUCCCUGCAGGAGCAAAACCCCUUUCCCAGGAGAGGGUCUGCCACCCUGCCCACAGAAUUGGUGGGAAACACAGACAGAAGCAGCCUCGAGAUGCGGGGCGUGCCACGAGAUAGGAGCAGUUCCUUUGCCAGUGGCUUUCUCCAUGCUGAAAGGUACUGGCCUCCCAAGAGGGAGUCAGCGAGAGUGGAUUGGCUUGGAGAGGCCAAUGGCCAGCCCACUCACCCACAGAAAGUGGCCUGGGCCCAUGAGAAGCGAUCUGCCCUGGUAACCCCAACCAGGGGGGCGGGAAAGUCCAUGUCGGCCGAAGAUCUGCUCGACAGGUCAGAUGUCCAGACUGUCCCUUUCCAUUCGAGGUCCAGGUCGUCCCCUGUCUCAACUAAGAAAUGUCAGGAUACAUUUCUGAGAGGAAACAGUGACUACAGUCUUCUGGGAAAGGCUCCUUCCUUCGUGGCUGGCGCCGGAUCCAGGCAAUUCAGUUAUUCGGAAAGAAGCUAUGAAGAGAUGUCAUCCCUUCCACAUCGCCCAGGGUCUCACAAAGUACCAAAUGGGUCAUCUGCUUUCAUGGAAGCGUCCAGGACCCUAGAGCCUCAAGGGUCUACCAGCAGAUCUCCAGCCUUUGGGCCACCAGCAGCAGGAAGGCAAGGUCAUUUCGUGGACACAAAAUCCUCACAGAUGAACCCUUUUAAAUCAGCUCAGGACUCUGGGGCCAACUCCACCUACUUUCCCCAGCCUUACCCACGUGCUGAAAGAGAUGUCUUGGUUGGGAGGCAGCCAUCUCCCAUGGACACACCUGUAGCUGGCCUCAGAAGUAAUGGUCACAUCCUGGCACAGCCCCAGAGUCCAAGAGACCUUGAGGACAACUGCCUUGAGAGUUUAACUGAAAAUGGGAUGAAGAAAAAUAAGGGCCCUCUACCUCAGAGGCCUCCUCCCCCUCGAGUGAAAUGGGCCCAGUCGCUCAGAGAGGACAACUCAUUGGAGCAGUCUUCAUCUUCUGGGGCACCAAGUCAGAAGCACUAUCAGCAACAUCAGAGUCUACCCAGCCCAAGCACAGCGUCCAACCCCAACAGUCCCCCAGGACUCUUCAGUGGGCCUGGAAAGGCCGCCCCCAGAAUAUGUGAGUCAGCCUUUCAGGCCGUCUCAUCCUCUCAGGAGGAAGGUGAUGACGAGGUCUUUGUGCAGGAUUCAGGACCCAAUUCCACUUCCAGCCCCACUUCUAAAACUCUGUCCACUUUACCUCCACAACCACCCCCUUCACCUCCUCCAGUGGACCUGAAGGCACCAGGGGACAGCCUGGAAGAGUUUCCUCCUCCCCCUCCCCUAAUUACAGAUGAAGCUUUGGAGACCCCGAGAAAUGAUACUUAUGGAGAGACCUGUACCAGCAAUUCCAUCAGAUUGUCCAAGCUGACGACUGCAGAUUCUCAAAGGAGCAGCCCAACCCCAGCUUCCAGACCCUGCCUUUCCAUCAAGGCUCUAGGAGCUAAGCAGAUAAACUUAUUAUCCACUCCCAAUGCCCAGAACCAGCCAACUGGAGCUCCUGGGGAGCAGCGUAACCCAGAGCGGAUGCUUCCCCCCCCGGCCCAAAGUCUCAUCCCAAAGCUGGGCAACCCAACUCAGGAACUGGAAAAGGAUAGCCCCAGCCCUGAGAAGACUCCAGAGGACAUCAGAAGAGAGACCCUGGCCAAACAGAUUGUUCACCAAGACAAAUCCCUAGCGGCUAUUCUGGAUCCAGAUUCCAGAAUGAAGACUACCAUGGACCUGAUGGAAGGUUUGUUUCCACAGGGCUCAAGCGUCCUGAAGGAAAGCAAUACACAGAAGAAGACAAUACAGAGAAAUGUCAGUUUCCCAGUAUCUGAAGGGAGUAGGAGCACAGAGAAAGAAAGAGUGGGAAUGUUGAUCAACUGUCCUGCCUACUAUAACAUGUCUGCACCCAAGGCAGAGCUUCUGAACAAGCUCAAGUCCAUGCCUGUGGAGGGAAAUGAGGAUGAUGACCAACUAGAUGUCAAUGAAAAGAAGGCAAAGCUCAUCGGAAGCCUGAGGCUUAAACUGGAGUCGCUGAAGGAAGCGAAGGAGAGUUUGCUGAUGGACAUCAAGCUCAACAGUGCCCUUGGGGAAGAUGUGGAAGCUUUGAUCAGCAAACUCUGUAAACCCAAUGAAUUUGACAAGUACAAGAUGUUCAUAGGAGACCUGGACAAGGUCGUGAACCUCUUGCUUUCCCUCUCAGGACGAUUGGCUCGAGUAGAAAAUGUUCUCAGUGGCUUGGGUGAAGAUGCUGAUAACGAAGAGCGGAGCUCUCUAAAUGAGAAGAAAAAGGUGUUGGCUGGCCAGCACGAAGAUGCUCGGGAGCUCAAAGAGAACCUGGACCGGAGGGAGCGUGUGGUCUUGGACAUCUUGGCCAAUUACCUCACAAAGGAGCAGCUCCAGGACUACCAGCACUUUGUGAAGAUGAAGUCAACGCUUCUCAUCGAGCAGCGGAAAUUGGAUGACAAGAUCAAACUAGGCCAGGAGCAGCUCAGCUGCCUGCUGGACAGUCUUCCCAGGGACUUCCUCUCCCCAGCCCAGGGCCCAGCUUCCCUUCAGCCUCCUGAAGCUGAGGUGACCCCCACAGAGGUCUGUGCAUUCAGAAGCGUGCUUCCGACACUGACCUCUUCCUUUUAGCCUCUCCUAGAUGACCCAAUGAAAAACUCAUCUUUAUUCUCAAGAUUAUUUAAACUGAUCAGUUUUCAAAUUACAAUCCACUAAAAAAUUAUGGGGUUUUGGCAUUUUUUGAUGGGGGGAGGGGACGGUAACAGCAGAAAAAUACACAGUUCUGGGUUGGUUGCUUUGUUUGUUUUUCCUUCUCCCAGCUGCCCAAAAUAUAACCCUUUCUAUUUUUUCAUGGUAGGAAGAAAAGUAAUGAAAUUGGGGGUUGGUUAAAGGGUGGUUGAUUCUUUAGUUUUUAACCAGACUGGGUCAACAUUAAACAAGUUAAGUUUCACUGUCAAGAAUGUGUCCUGGUCUGCCUUCUCCUGGGCAAAGUGCCCUAUCUAUGAUAGAGUAGAAUUAUGCAAUAAAGAAGGAUCUGUAACAUAAAGUCUUUUAAAAAAUAUGAAGAGAAAGGGGGGAAAUACCCCCAACAUUGUCACUAUUUAUAUUUUUUAAAUGAAUGAGGAUGUGUAAAUGUUUGUUUAUAUGCUAAUCAAUUACUUGACUCUAUGGUGGACAUAGAAAAUCCUGUUGGAGUGAUGCCUUUGAUAAAAAUCUUUAAUGAGACAAAAAAGUCCAAAGAUAAUUAUACCAGCAUGGGAAUUUGUGCUUCCUCCCCCAUCCUUCCUCCCUCUCUCUCUCUCUCUCUCUCUCUCUCUCUCUCUCCUCUCUCUCUCUCUCUCUGUGUGUGUGUG